AUGGAGGCUUACAUGAAUGGAGGAAUAGUUGUGUUGGACAUUGUACCUGAUGGUGAGGCAGCCUUGAGAGAGUAUAUCAGGAACAAAACCACUGCUGUAUUAGGGAGAGAGGACUGUGAUGACCCAUUUCAUGUUGUUGACCUGGGUCAGGUACUGGAACUCCAUAGAGACUGGAUGACUGCCCUGCCCACUAUCACUCCAUUCUAUGCCGUCAAGUGCAACAACGACCCAGCUCUCUUGAAGACACUCGCUGCGCUAGGGACUGGAUUCGACUGUGCAAGCAAGCCAGAGAUUAAAGCUGUGUUGGAUAUGGGGGUGUCUCCAGAUCGUAUUAUCUACGCUCAUCCCUCCAAGCAAGUGUCCCACAUCAAGUAUGCAGUCACUGAGCAUGUCGAUAAAAUAGUGUUUGACGGAGAAGAAGAAAUGUACAAAAUACAAAAACAUUUUCCAUCUGCAAAGCUUGUUCUGCGGAUCAGAGCUGAUGACCCGGAUGCUCAAUUUCCACAUGGGAUGAAGUUUGGCUGCACGGUACCUAAAGGAAGGGAUCUUCUGAGUAAUGCAAAAAGCCUGGGAUUAGACGUCAUUGGUGUAUGCUUCCAUGUGGGCACUGGGUCUCAAUCUCCCAGAGCGUAUGAGCUAGCUCUGAAGAUGUCUGCUGAACUGUUUGAGUACGGCUAUGAGAUUGGCUAUCAGUUUAGUCUGCUGGACAUUGGAGGAGGUUUCUAUGGAGACAGGGGCUCUAAAGAUAUCUUCCAGCGAGUGGCCAGUGCCAUCAACUCCAGUCUGGACUCUCUCUUCAGCUCAUUCCCAGGACUCACUGUCAUCGCUGAGCCAGGAUUACAGUGGUCCUUUGUACUCCACUUGUCUGUGGGGCCCGACAUUAUCACCUGCGGAUAA